AUGGCCGAAAAUCGCUCAUUCAGCAGAAGAACGACGGGUGGUCUCUUCAUCUGUACUCUUGCUGCUCUCUUUGCGAUCUAUGUCCACAUACAGUCUUGUGCUGAUCCCGCUCAUGCUCAUAAGCUCCAGACCAUAGUGUCCAGAAGUGUUAGCAGCAUCAAUGAUGGCCUCGGCGGUGGCUCCCACGAUCUCUCAUAUCACUCGACGAAUGUCUCGCUAGCGCGGCGCGACGAUUACAGCUGCGGACCCGGUAACCCUUGCAGAAACGGGGCUUGCUGUGGUGAGGGUGGCUAUUGUGGUUAUGGCUCUACAUACUGUGGCAACGGGUGUUCAUCCAACUGCGAUGCUACCGCCGAGUGUGGAAAGGAUGCCAAGGAAAGUGGACAGAAGUGCCCACUGAACACAUGCUGUAGUCAAUACGGGUUUUGUGGAACGACAUCAGAUUUCUGUGGAACAAAAUGCCAAAGCAACUGCGUAGAACAUCCAACUCCGCCUAGUGGAGGCUCAAGUACUGGCAUCCUCCAGAAUAAAGUCAUUGGCUACUAUGAGUCUUGGGCCAACACUUUGGCUUGCCACAAAGUCGCGCCUACCGAUCUACCACUGGAUGCUCUGACACACGUGAAUUACGCAUUCGCCUACAUCGACCCGUCCAUGAAUUGGCUCGCUGAUAAGAUUUCUCAGCCACUUUCUUUGCCGAUACCUAUAUAUCCACUUACGAUAUUGCAUGCAGAAAAGACAGGCUGGGAAGCCCAAGGCGGCGUCAACUCCACCCAAGCCUGCUCGGACUGUUGGCUCGGCGCGCAAGCACUCCAAUUGGGCAAUCCUUUGGGCUACGACCAAGGUCAAGCCGACAACUUCGCCUCUCUGACCUCGAGCUGCAGCUCCAACCAGUACAGCUAUGCUACACCCACCGCCUAUGCUCUCAACGCCACCGAUACGGCGCCAAGUGCCUCGCCCACAUCCGCACCUGGAUGUACUGGCUCAUACUACGUGCAGGCUACUGACACAUGUUUCGACCUAUCGCAGUACCUCAACGUCAGUACGUACAACCUCCUGGUCUACAACGGAUGGGACAUGUACUGUCGGAAUUUCAACGCUUCUGUUGGCACCAGUUUCUGCUCUCCCCCGACCUGCAACACGUACACAUGGCAAGUCGGAGAUACAUGCAACGCCGUAGUUUUGGCAAAUCCAUCCAUCACGUUGACCCAAUUCAUGUCCUGGAACCCGAACUUCGACCCUCUCUGCCAGAAUGCAGGUAAUUUCGUUGGCUACGAGGUCUGUUUGAGUCCUCCAGGCGGCAUACUCACUCCUACCGCCACCAGCGAUCUCGGUGGUGGUGUCUCAUCCGCACCAACGGCAGCGGUACCAGUCCCUUCCAACGCAAUGGACGGAUCCAACCGAAAUUGUGGUAAAUGGUAUAACAUCGUCUCGGGCGAUGAAUGCGGAACAGUGUCCGUCGGCAACGGUAUCACCUUAGACGACUUCUACUUUCUCAACCCAGAGAUCAACACCCAAUGCACGAACCUCCUACUCGACAUCGCCUACUGCGUCCAGCCCGUCGGGACCAUAACCACGUAUCCCAACUACACGACCAGCAGCGGCACGAAACAAACCAUUACUGUCGCCCCCAACACCUUCUCCUCCGUCAACACCGCCAUCCCGACCUCCACGCCCGCACCUGCCGGUUUCGACUGGGAACCCACGUUCCUCCCUCAUGCGGCCGGGACCAGGGAAGACUGUGCCUGGUAUGCCAACUACAGCUCCGCGGUCCCCAUGUCCUGCCAGGACAUCGCGGACGAGUACGCCAUUUCCAUUGAGCAACUCCUAGACUGGAACCCCAGUCUCAACUCGGACCCCAGCAACUGUAGUCUGCAGCCGGGCUACAGCUACUGCGUGGUAAGCUCGGACGCCGCAGUAGAUACUUCCCGUAACGACUGCACGCCCAUAAACGCCACCAAGAUUGUCACUGGGACCGCGCAGAACUGCAACUGCUUCAUUCGUCUGUCAGGGACGUAUGCCCAGUCCUAUGGCUGCGCCCAGAUCGAGUCCGAGUACAGCCUCACCGACUCCUCGCUCAUCGACUGGAACACCUGGCUCAGCUCUUCAGACUGUGACACCGGUCUUUACGCGAACCUAGACGAAGGCGACUAUCGACCGCUCUGCGUCGGGUUGAAUGCCACUCAGUCUAUCGGCACCAUCAGCGCCGGACCCAGCGGGACACCUUCGCCCACGACCGUCACGACUGGUGGGACAGCAACGACAGUAGCCAUGGGUCCGACAGCCUCGGGCGAGGUGGAAGGGUGCGAAGUGUAUCAUACUGUUGUCGAUGGAGAUUCGUGUUAUGGUAUCGAGACGACCUACGACAUCACCGUCUCGCAGUUCUACGCCUGGAAUCCUAGUGUCGGAUCCGACUGCACCGGCAUGUGGCUCGGCUACGCCUACUGCGUCAAAGGACCAUCUUCUGCACCUACAACCACCGCCCCAACCUCCACUGCCGCUUCCCAAGCGCCUCCAGCACCCACACAAUCCGGCAUCACGGCGAAUUGCAACGAAUACUACGUCGUGGCGAGCGGCGACUCCUGCGCCAAGAUCGAGACGCAGUUCGGUGACACUUUCGCUCAGCUGUAUGAGUGGAAUCCGGCGAUUGGGGAUGAUUGCCAGAGUCUAUGGCCGGGGUAUGCGAUUUGUGUUGGUAUCGCUUCGUCUUGA